GUGCAGAUCAUCGAGGUGUGCCUGGCGCUGAAACACCGCAACGGAGGGCUGAUCACGCUGGAGGAGCUGCAGCAGCAGGUGCUGAAGGGGAGGGGGAAAUUCGCUCAGGACGUCAGCCAGGAUGAUCUGCUCCGGGCCAUCAAGAAGCUGAAGGUUUUGGGGAACGGAUUUGGGAUCAUCCCGGUGGGAGGAACAUUCCUGGUGCAGUCGGUGCCGGCAGAGCUGAACAUGGAUCACACGGUGGUGCUGCAGCUGGCAGAGAAAAAGGGGUUUGUGACGGUCAGCGAGAUCCGGGCCAGCCUCAAGUGGGAGACGGAGCGAGCGAAGCAGGUUCUGGUAGGUGGGAAUGGGAAUGGGAGAGUGGGAAUGGGAAUGGGA